AUGGAAAUGAUGAAGCAGCCAGAUUCACUCUCAACAAGGUACCGAGGAAGUCGAGCCCGGCAACAACACGACGGAGCCGUCACCAGCAGAAAGAAGAAGGAGGUGAUAUGGUUGGGAGGGAAGCGACGUAGGGUUUGGAGGAUGAAAGCAAGACCUAAGCUGAGUUUCAUAGUGAAGACGCCAUUGAAGCUAUUGUCUAAGCUGAAAAAUGCUUAUGAGGACUUGAUGGUAAGGCUGGCUGGAACAGUAGGGUCAUUGAGUAAUAAGAAUGAAUUUGGGGGAAAGAGAAUUCCAAAAGCUCGUCAAGUGUCUAAGGGCUAUUCUGGGGAUGAAUUUGAAGCUAGGCUUAUUCUUGAGAUUUCCAAAGUCCUUGCUGCUUCUAAUGAGUUAUAUCCCAAGUAUGGUUAAGAUGAUAUAUGGUGUAUAUCUCUACUUCUUCUUGUUUCUUUAUUCAUAUUAUUUUUCGGAAACUUAGUACCUUUUUAGAAUUUUAUUGGUUAGAAGGACAUUGAGCAAGUGCAACACAUCUUUACCGGUUAUAAUUUUUCUUCAGUUAUGUGUAACAUAUCUUCAAUUAUAUGUAAAUGACUGCUGAUAUGAAAA